AUGCGGGGCUCGGGGCCCCCGGGUGCGGGACGCCGGAGGCCCCCGGGCGGCGGCGACGGCGACACCCCCAGCACCCCUGCGUCUCUGGCCGGCUGUUACUCCGCACCUCGCAGGGCCCCCCUCUGGACGUGCCUUCUUCUGUGCGCCGCGCUUCGGACCCUCCUGGCCAGCCCCAGCAACGAAGUGAAUUUAUUGGAUUCACGUACUGUCAUGGGGGACUUGGGAUGGAUUGCUUUUCCAAAAAAUGGGUGGGAAGAGAUUGGUGAAGUUGAUGAAAAUUAUGCCCCUAUCCACACAUACCAAGUAUGCAAAGUUAUGGAACAGAAUCAGAAUAACUGGCUUUUGACCAGUUGGAUUUCCAACGAAGGUGCUUCCAGAAUCUUUAUAGAACUCAAGUUUACUCUGCGGGACUGCAACAGUCUUCCUGGAGGACUGGGAACCUGUAAGGAAACCUUUAACAUGUAUUACUUUGAAUCAGAUGAUGAGAAUGGGAGAAACAUCAAGGAAAACCAGUACAUCAAAAUUGAUACCAUUGCUGCCGAUGAAAGCUUUACAGAGCUUGAUCUUGGUGACCGGGUUAUGAAACUGAAUACAGAGGUCAGAGAUGUAGGACCUCUAAGCAAAAAGGGAUUUUAUCUUGCUUUUCAAGAUGUGGGUGCUUGCAUUGCUUUGGUUUCUGUGCGUGUGUACUAUAAAAAAUGCCCUUCUGUGGUAAGACACUUGGCUGUGUUCCCCGACACAAUCACUGGAGCUGAUUCUUCGCAAUUGCUUGAAGUGUCGGGCUCCUGUGUCAACCAUUCUGUGACAGAUGAACCACCCAAAAUGCACUGCAGUGCUGAAGGGGAGUGGCUGGUGCCCAUUGGGAAAUGCAUGUGCAAGGCAGGAUAUGAAGAGAAAAAUGGCACCUGUCAAGUGUGCAGACCUGGGUUCUUCAAAGCCUCACCUCACAGCCAGAGCUGCAGCAAAUGUCCACCUCACAGUUAUACCCAUGAGGAAGCUUCAACCUCUUGUGUCUGUGAAAAGGAUUAUUUCAGGAGGGAGUCUGAUCCACCCACAAUGGCAUGCACAAGACCCCCCUCAGCUCCUCGGAAUGCCAUCUCAAAUGUUAAUGAAACUAGUGUCUUUCUGGAAUGGAUUCCUCCUGCUGACACUGGUGGAAGGAAAGAUGUAUCAUAUUAUAUUGCAUGCAAGAAGUGCAACUCCCAUGCAGGUGUGUGUGAGGAGUGUGGCGGUCAUGUCAGGUACCUCCCCCGGCAAAUCGGCCUGAAAAACACCUCUGUCAUGAUGGUGGAUCUGCUCGCUCACACAAACUAUACCUUUGAGAUUGAGGCAGUGAAUGGAGUGUCCGACUUGAGCCCAGGAGCCCGGCAGUAUGUGUCUGUAAAUGUAACCACAAAUCAAGCAGCUCCCUCUCCAGUCACCAAUGUGAAAAAGGGGAAGAUUGCAAAAAACAGCAUCUCUUUGUCUUGGCAAGAGCCAGAUCGUCCAAAUGGAAUCAUCUUGGAGUACGAAAUCAAAUAUUUUGAAAAGGACCAAGAAACCAGCUAUACAAUUAUCAAGUCUAAAGAGACAACUGUAACUGCAGAGGGCUUGAAACCAGCUUCGGUGUAUGUCUUCCAAAUUCGGGCACGCACAGCAGCAGGCUAUGGUGUCUUCAGUCGAAGAUUUGAGUUUGAAACCAUCCCAGUGUCAGUUGCAGCAUCCAGCGAUCAAAGCCAGAUUCCUAUAAUUGCUGUGUCUGUGACAGUGGGAGUCAUUUUGUUGGCAGUGGUUAUCGGCUUCCUCCUCAGUGGAAGUUGCUGCGAGUGUGGCUGUGGAAGGGCUUCUUCCCUGUGCGCUGUUGCCCAUCCAAGCCUAAUAUGGCGGUGUGGUUACAGCAAAGCAAAACAGGAUCCAGAAGAGGAAAAGAUGCAUUUUCAUAAUGGGCACAUUAAACUGCCAGGAGUAAGAACUUAUAUUGAUCCACACACCUAUGAGGAUCCCAAUCAAGCUGUCCAUGAAUUUGCCAAGGAGAUAGAAGCUUCAUGCAUCACCAUUGAAAGAGUUAUUGGAGCAGGUGAAUUUGGUGAAGUUUGUAGUGGACGUUUGAAACUUCCAGGAAAAAGAGAAUUACCUGUGGCAAUCAAAACCCUGAAAGUAGGCUACACAGAAAAGCAACGCCGAGAUUUCCUGGGUGAAGCAAGUAUCAUGGGGCAGUUUGAUCAUCCUAACAUCAUUCACUUAGAAGGUGUUGUGACCAAAAGCAAACCAGUGAUGAUAGUGACAGAGUACAUGGAAAAUGGAUCUUUAGAUACAUUUUUAAAGAAAAACGACGGGCAAUUCACUGUGAUUCAGCUUGUUGGCAUGCUGAGAGGCAUUGCUGCAGGAAUGAAGUACCUUUCCGACAUGGGCUACGUGCAUAGAGACCUUGCUGCCAGAAACAUCUUAAUCAACAGUAACCUUGUGUGCAAAGUGUCUGACUUUGGACUUUCCAGGGUGCUGGAAGAUGAUCCUGAGGCAGCCUAUACCACGAGGGGAGGCAAAAUUCCAAUCAGAUGGACUGCCCCAGAAGCUAUAGCUUUCCGAAAGUUUACCUCUGCCAGUGAUGUCUGGAGCUAUGGAAUCGUGAUGUGGGAGGUUGUGUCUUAUGGGGAGAGACCCUACUGGGAGAUGACCAAUCAAGACGUGAUUAAAGCAGUAGAGGAAGGCUACCGUCUGCCAAGCCCCAUGGACUGUCCUGCUGCUCUCUAUCAGUUAAUGCUGGAUUGCUGGCAGAAGGACCGAAAUAGCAGGCCCAAAUUUGAUGAGAUCGUCAACAUGUUGGAUAAGCUGAUACGUAACCCAAGUAGCUUGAAGACGCUGGUUAAUGCAUCGAGCAGGGUAUCUAAUUUGUUGGCAGAACAUGGCCCACUGGGAUCUGGGGCCUACAGAUCAGUAGGUGAAUGGCUAGAAGCAAUCAAAAUGGGCCGGUAUACAGAGAUUUUCAUGGAAAAUGGAUACAGUUCAAUGGACGCUGUGGCUCAGGUGACCUUGGAGGAUUUGAGACGGCUUGGAGUGACUCUUGUCGGUCACCAGAAGAAGAUCAUGAACAGCCUUCAAGAAAUGAAGGUGCAGCUGGUAAAUGGGAUGGUGCCAUUGUAACUUCAUUCCAAUGUCACUUCAUCAAGUGAAUGAUUCUGCACUUUGUAA